GGGACCGGGACCGCGGGCCUCCCUCCCUUCAUCCGGCCGGGACCGCGGGCCUCCCUCCCUUCAUCCGGCCGGGACCGGGACCGCGGGCCUCCCUCCCUUCAUCCCGCCGGGACCUUGGGCCUUCCUUCACCCCGGCCAGGGACCCGUGCUGGCUGUAAGGCAGGGGUUAAAAAGCAUCAUCAUCCUAAACUGUUUCCGUAGUCGGGGAAAAGCGAGGUAACCCAGAACUUCUGAAAACCGGAUGCUGCCUGCCGAGCACAGAGGGAUUUGUACAGCAUGAGGCGGUCUAAGAUCUCCGAAAUGCCAGCUGGAAUGCUUCAGGGUGAAGCAGUUGUCAGAUUGCAUCCUGGUUCAUUGUGGAAAAGGAGAAAUCAGCCUGGAAGCCCAGAUCCAGCCAGGGUCCAGAUUUUCCCUGACUGCUGUCAAUAUCAAUGAGUGAAAGAGCCCAGGAUUUGUUCCAGGUAAGGCAAGUACAAGAGGAUGUGUACAUCCCUCAGAUCUGAUCCUCCAUCACAGCCAACCCACACAGGUGAUAGGGAGUGGGGAGAAGCACUGCCAAACGAGAGCUCCCACAGGUGCCAGCACACAGGCAGGGGCAAGGCAGAGGAGGGUGCUGCCAUGCUGUCAGUGUUCCUGUUCCCAUCACCUUGUGCUGCCUGCAGAAGGGAGGGGCAGAGGAGGGAAAGGGGGAUUUUUUUUCUUGUUUCACCAUAGGAAGGAUUUUCAAACCCUAUAAAUUCACUUUUGACAAGUGAACAGCUAAAGCAGAUUAACCUUUUUGCUAAUCUUCUAUAAUGGCUUUGGAAUCUCCUUAACCAAUAAGAAAAUGAUAAGAGCCUGUUUCUUUUCUUUUUAUCUAUAUCUAUAUUGUCCUCUCUUGUCUGCAUGUUUUUUCUUUCUUGUUUUAUUUUCCUUUCCUUUUCUAAUAUGAAAUAGCCCAGUGAUCCUAUCUCUCAGAGGCUCAGUAAACAGAACAUCAGAAAUCCCUUUCCUUUAUCCCUCUCUGGUAACAGGGUGCAGAGAAGUGUCUGCCGAUUGGGAUUUGAUUACCAGCAGCUAUCAAAAGUCUCUUUGUACAAUCUGGGUCCUAAAUCCCAUAAUUCUUUGAUAAAAGAAGUAUUACCAGUCCAUUUUCUGUAGUGAAAGGUAUGGGAGGAAUGAAAGAAAGCAAUCAGCAGAGAUCCUAAUAAGCUAAGUGCAUGUGUGGUGGGAAGGCAGGGCUGGGACAGGAUGCCCAGGGAAGGGUGUCCUUUGUUGAGGAUGGCCAGGGAAGGGUGUCCUUUGUUGAGGAUGGUGAAGGAGAAUUAAUCUGCUUCAGGCAAAUGAACAGAACUCAGAUCCUGCACCUGCCCAUGGCAUGUCCCAGCUCACCAGCCCUAUGGUCCCUCUGGACCAACACAGUGUGGGGAGCAGAACCUGGCCCCACAUCCACCAUUGUGUGGUGUGGUUUUAUACAUGAACCCAGUGUUUGCGUUCAUGUCUAAAAGCUGGGAGCAGUUUUCAGUGAUCUCUGGAAUUAAGGCAUCCCCAGUGCCUCUCUGGGGCACUGACACCUUGGCAGGGCAGCAGUGAACAUGUCCAGACUGUGCAGCUAAGAGGUGUCUUCGUCUCAAAAGGUAAAAAGGUUCACAGAGCUCAGUUAUAAACCAUGUUACAACGUUGGAACAGCUGAAGGAGAGGCAGAUAAAGGGAUGGAAGGAAAAAUAGCAGUUUGGUUUUAAGUAAAUCACAAGUAGAAUGGCUAUGGAGCAACUCUUCCCAGCACUGAGGGACCCGCAGGUGAGGAAAGGCAGGCAGUGAGCAGGGACAAGGACAGAAGAAGGGGGCUGAGAGGGGGCUCUCCUGGGGACUGGCUGUGAGUUUUACAGAAUGCUGGAGGUAUUGCUGGGCUGUCCAGCAUGUGGAUCUUUGGUGUGCAGUAGUUUCACAGCACCCACCUGUGUGUCUCCUUGGUGUACUGUGAGUGGGGCUGGAAUCUUCACUCCCCUGCAAGGAAACACCAGGUGUGAGAGUGUUCCCUGCAUCAGCUCCUGAGACCUUGCUACUCACCUUGGCUUAAACUGCACUGAGGGCAAGAGAACUUUGGUUUAAACUUUGCUAAGCAACCUGAUCUCAACCACACCUUCUCUAUUUUAUUCCCAGCUACUAAUAUCAAUUAAAAACACAGGAUCCGAGAUGUUCUCUCUCCUUCUGUGGAUAACAGCUGCCAGGCCUUGCUGUUUGCCCUUGGAAGGGGCAGAGCCUUGAUUUUCUUCCUGUCCUAAAUCUUGGCCAUGGCCUCUCCCAUGUUUCUCUGGCUGGGAAGGAGUUGGGAAUUGAACAGGCUUUGGGAAAGCCUGGCUGUGGCACUGAGUCCACAGUCCUGCCUGGAUGGCUGCGGGACCUCACUGAGAGCACAUAGAGGCAGCAGCAGCAGCAACAAUCCUCCCCUUCCCUUCCCCACAUGGCUCAGCUGCAUGGGAGGUGGUUACAUGCCACUAAGCUGUGGUGCAGAGCUCCAGAAAGCAGCCAGUAAUCUAAUUUAUUAAGGGCUUUGAAUCCUUACAAAGAGUAUGUUGGAUACAUGCAAAGCAUCUGCAUUAUUACAGUGAUUAGGACAGCAGAGAUGGGGGAAAGGGGAAGGAGGGAAAAUACAAUUUCUCUGCUUUCAGCAGAAAAUAAAUCAACUUUUACAGAGAAUUCUGGCAAAGGCUGGGCUGUCAUUAAAAAUGACUUUUUAUUAAGCUGAACUCUCUUCUCUUAUAUUGUAUGAUAUGACAGCUUUCUUUUGAUGGGAAAUCUUUCAUUUGGCCAGAGAAAGGGAUAAUUUGCUUCUUUUAAGGAGUUAAUCCUCUGGUCCAUUUCCAGGCUGGGAACAGCUAUCCUCCCCCUUCCUUGGAUAGGAGGCUGCAGCACAAUGGAGAUCAUAACCACCUCAAAUCUACACUCGAGAUGGAGAAAUCAGAUUUCCUUCUCCAGUCAUUUUUGUGGGAUUAGCUAAAUCUUAGAUCCACACUAACCCUUCACAAAGCUGCCAAGAUUAGUUAGAAUUUAUUUUAUUUGCAGGGGGGUUUAUGGUUUUCUUUCCAAAGGGAUUAUAUCUUUCUCUCUAUAUAUAUUUAGAGUGGCUUCAGUCAUAAAGCAGCUAGGUCAGAGGGACGAAAAGAGUGUGUGUGUAUAAAAUAAAAACUCAACUGUGAGAAUGACAGUCACUUGAAAUGCCAAGACAAAGCAGUGGUUCUGCAUGGCUUUGCCAGUCCAUUUUAAAAGCCACAUAAGCUGUCCUUUCUCUAGCAAAACCCUGCUAGGGAGCCAGUGCACAGAGAGCAAAGCCCCUCGGCUGGGCCAGCCGCUGCUGCUGCUGCUGGCACAGGAUGUCUUCAGAGCCAGUGUCAGGUGCUGACCCCGGCAGGAGAGGCCUGAAGAAGCCACGUCCGUUCAGCAUCGAGGACAUCCUCUCCAGCCCUGCAAAGAAGAACCCCCAGGUCUUGGUGCCACUGUACCUACAGAACAUGUUGGACUGCACACCCAAGCAGCUGUGUGAGCUGGAGACCAUCCCAGCCAGCUCCCUGCAGGAGGAGGAGGAGGAGGAAGAAGAGGAGGAAGAGCUGGAAGGGGCAGGCUGCAACUGCUGCUGCUGCUCUCACACGAGCGCCCGUUCCCUGCAGGACCUGCCGGGCUGGCUGGAUGCCCGGUUCCCCUGGCCCAUGCAGCUCUUCCACCCGGCAGUCAGGGUCUGUAAGAGUACCCAGAAGUCAAGCGAGCUGCAGACCUUCCAGCAGAUGCAGCGCCGCACACGCCGGCACCGCACCAUAUUCACCGAGGAGCAGCUGCAGGCCCUGGAGACGCUUUUCCACCAGAACCAGUACCCGGACGUCGUCACCCGCGAGCACCUGGCAAACCGUAUUCACCUGAAGGAGGAGAGGGUUGAGGUUUGGUUUAAAAAUCGUCGGGCGAAGUGGCGGCAUCAGAAGAGGGUGACUGCCUCAGCACUGAUCCUCCAGGCCAAGCAGCCCCCCAAGGAGAGCUGUUAGUGCUCACAGGCUGCAGAGGAACACCAACAGCACCCACUGCCCAUAGCUGACAGGCUCAGGGGGGUAACCCGAGGGGGCUAAUGCAGCAAAAGGGAAUCUCUGCGAUUCACGCAGGAGGAGGAUGGGUAAAAGCAGACAUACCUCCUCCAAAUCUAGUUCAUGUGGCAUAUAACUUGGCAGGCAGGAUGUGCAGGGGACAGAGCUUUACAGGUGUUAAACGUGUGUGCUUUAAGAGAAGGGGAGACUCCCCUUCUUGUCUUUGCUCUGUGCACAUAGUAUUUGUGCUUGUUUUAUUGAUGUAGAUUUGCAAAAUAUCCUACAAAUGAAUGUUUCCUGUUUGCAGCAC